AUGGUUGAUGAAGGAGCAAAGAAAUUAUUCAAGCGUUUACCUCAAACGGUUGUACCAACACAGUAUGAUUUAACAAUACAACCUUUUCUUGAUAUCUUUAAAUUUAAUGGAAGUGUGAUUAUUUAUUUAAAGUUCAAUCUGUCGACGGAUACUGUGGUACUACACGCUGCUGAUUUACAUAUUGAUUAUGCAACAAUAGCAUUGAACGCGAAAGAUGAAUUUACAGGUAAAAUUCGCAUGGAUCCAGAGAAUGAACGUGUAGAAAUCAGCUUUGAUAAUAAACUUGAAGCAUGUGACUAUCAAUUGUCCCUAAAGUUCACAGGUGAUAUCAGUGAUCGUAUGACUGGCUUCUAUCGAAAUAAAUAUACAACACCUGAUGGCAAAGAAAUUCUUUAUGGUGCUUGUACAUAA